CAAAGCUCGCGUGAUCGCAGAAGGCGCGCGCAAUUUUUGCUCAAAACCAGUUUGACCAUCUGCCCGGACAGGUCACAUCGUGCUCGUUUUCAUUUUCGUAGCCUUCAAAAGGCGGUUUUCCGUGAGUAUGAACUCCACCGACAGUCCGAACGUUCCGGCGGUCAUCGACCCGGCCCCGGCCGUCAGCGAGCCUACCUUGAUCGGUAUUUCACAACUUCAAGACCCCGGCGAUGUUUCUGCGGUGGCGUUUGAAACGGAGGAGGAACGCGAGUACCGGGAUGGCCUGGAGCGCGAUCGGUUAAAUCGGUUAGCGUUUCUGGAGACGCAGUUUUCGGUGUUUAACGAGUUUAUCAAGGAGCGACGCAACGGGGAGCCGAAGGCGCCUGCCAGGAAGCCGUUGGCCCCGUUGGAUGAGAACAAUAACAACGGCGGGAAGAAGCGGACCAGGCGGCACGUAAGCCGGAACAAGGAGGAGGCGGAGGUUGAGGCGUUGCCUUAUUUUACGGAGUCGCCGCCGUUUAUCAAGAACGGGGUGAUGAGGCCGUACCAGGUUCAGGGCUUGAACUGGCUGAUUUCGUUGUACGAGCGGGGAAUCAACGGGAUUUUGGCGGACGAGAUGGGCCUGGGAAAGACGCUGCAGAGCAUUUCGAUUCUGGGCUAUUUGAAGAAUCACAAGAACAUUAAAGGGAAGCACAUUGUGAUUGUUCCGCUGACGACGAUCGACAACUGGAUGCGGGAGUUUGCGCGUUUUCUGCCGGAAUUGCGCAUCCUGCGAGGUCACUGCUACAAGCCGGACAAGAAAGCGUUCUUCGAAAAUCUUGCCUCGAACAAGUGGGACGUGGUCGUUACGAAUUACGACUUUUUCGUAUCGUCGUUUAACAAGUUCAAACAGAUCAACUAUCAGUACGUGAUUCUGGACGAGGCUCAGCGCAGCAAGAACGAGCAUACCCGGCUGGCGCGGUUCAUGCGACAGCUCACUCACCGGAACAUGCUGUUUCUCACCGGAACGCCCAUCAACAACAACCUUCACGAGUUGUGGGCGUUGCUGAACUUGCUGCUGCCGGAGUUCUUCCAGAACGCGGACGAUUUCGACUCGUGGUUCAAGAUGGAAGACUGCAUCGAUCCGAACCACGAGCGGGCCGUCAGGCUGAAAUCGAUCCUGGAACCGAUCAUGCUGCGCCGGAUCAAGGCCGACGUCGAGGCUGGCUUGCUGCCCAAGAUGAAGACAACGCUUUUUAUGCCGCAAACGCGCACUCAACGGUACUGGUCCAAGCGGGUACUCUGCCGGGACGUUCCGCUGCUCAAAGGAGACGGGACCUACGUCGGCAUGACAAUGGGCAUGCUGUUUGUGUACCUGCGAGAGAUCACCAUCCAUCCGUACAUGAUUCCGCCGGCAGACCCGGACUCCAACUCGCUCGGUCAACACCUGGUCGACUCGUGCUCUCGGAUGAUCGUUCUGGACAAGCUGCUGACCAGGCUGAAGGCACGUGGCUCACGCGUGCUGCUUUUCUCUCAGUUUGUCCUGAUGCUCAACAUCCUCGAGGACUAUCUCGUCUGGAAGGGUUACAAGUACUCACGACUCACCGGCACGACCCCGCAGGAAACGCGUCAAAAGAUGAUCGACGAGUUCAACUCCCCCGGGUCGGAAACGUUCAUCUUCAUGAUCACAACGCGUUCCGGCGGACUCGGCAUCAACCUGCCCACCGCCGACACCGUCAUCUUCUACGACCUGGACUGGAACCCCCAGGCGGACUUUCAAGCCGAGGACCGCGCCCACCGAAUCGGUCAGCUCAAGCAGGUUCACGUGUUCCGCUUUGUCAUCCUGGGCACGGUCGACGAAGCCGUGUACGGCCACUCCCAGCGCAAAACCCAACUCGACAAAGCGAUCGUCAAGAAGAGUCUCGGUGAUGCCGACACCCAGCACGCGGUCGAAUACCACCGGCAGCAGCUCGAGUCCGGCCAAAACAUGGACCCGACGGCCGUCGACGGCAAGCUCGAUGAAAUCUUCGCCCAAAUUGACGGCGGCGAACGCAGCGCAGCACUCGGCAAUCUCUGCCAGGAGAUUCACCUGAAGGCGCUCCGCAAGCGAACGCUGUCCGAGGACGAAGCGCUCGAGGCGAUCAAACCACCGGCGAAGAAGCCGAAACCGGAGCUGGAUCUCACCAGCGGCUAUCGCUACAGACCGCGCCGGGCCAAGAAGGUCUGGGUGCCGAAGCAGGACACGGACGUGGUGGUAAAGCUGGGCAAGAGCGAUACCGCCGACAGUAUUCCGGUGCCGGAGCCGACCAACAGCGACAAGGACUGGCAGCCGGAAGUUUAGGACAAAGUCCGUUCAGUAUUACUAUGAUUUGAGUUACCUGAUGAUUGUUCAAGUUUUCUUUUUAUUCGUGUUCCAUGUUUCAAAAUACUCAUGUGUUCUGUUACGCUUCUGUUUGUAACGUUCGAUUUUACCGGUGUCGAAGGUCACCGUCAAGC